AUGGAAAACCCAUCAUUCGUCUUACGAGCCGUUAAAGAGGUUGCGCUCGAAAACAUCCCCAAACCAACCAUCAGCGACCCCUACGACGUGAUCAUCCACAUCGGUCAAACAGGUAUCUGCGGCUCAGACGUUCACUACUGGCAACGAGGACGGAUAGGUGACUUCAUCCUCAACAGUCCCAUCGUACUAGGCCACGAAAGUGCCGGCACAGUGGUGGAAAUCGGCUCAGCAGUGACGAACCUGAGAGUGGGCGACAAAGUCGCAAUCGAGCCCGGCGUUCCCUGCAGACACUGCAAUUACUGCCGUAGUGGCUCGUACAAUUUGUGCCCCGACACCGUUUUCGCCGCCACGCCGCCUCACAAUGGGACACUCUCGAAAUUCUACAAAACUGCAGCAGAUUACUGCUACCCUUUAGCCGAAAACAUGACGCUUGAAGACGGUGCACUGUGCGAACCAGUCGCCGUCGCCGUGCAAAUCUGCAAAGUCGGCCGGGUGCGGGCAGGCCAGACGGUCGUGGUCUUUGGUUGCGGCCCCAUUGGAUUAUUGGUACAGUGCGUCGCCAAAGCCUACGCGGCCAAGAAGGUCAUCGGCAUCGACUUGAAUGCCAGUCGCAUGGAGCUGGCUAAUUCUGUUCUGAAAUGCGCAGACGGCGUCUUCGCACCGCCGCUGAUGCCUAAAGCUGAAGGCGAAGCAUGCAGCGCCGACAACGAAAGCGAAUGGAGCGCUCACGUCGCAGAGCAAAUCAAACAGACCUUCCAGCUCGGUGAGGGCCCCGAUGUGGUUAUCGACGCUACUGGUGCCCAGCCCUGUAUCCAGACCGGCGUGCACCUGUGCAAAAAGGGUGGCAUGUACGUGCAGGCUGGUAUGGGUCGAGAAAAUGUAGUUUUUCCUAUUACCACUGCGUGUAUUCGCGACUUGACGAUUCGUGGUUCCAUUCGCUAUACGGCCGGCGUGUACCCUGCAGCCGUGGAUUUGGUUGCAAGCGGAAAAAUCGAUCCAAAGAUCCUAAUCACGCAUCGUUUCCCGUUCGAGAAGGCAGAGGAAGCUUUUGAGACGGUACGGAAGGGCGGAGAGAAUGUGUUAAAGGUCAUUAUUGAGGGGGUUAGAAAUUAG